CAUCAAUCGGUUCAUGAUCUCAAUCUAAAAUAUUAAUCAUAUUAUUUUCUUCAUUAUUUUUGUCUCCUCUUACCCCCUCUAGUCUAGUUGACCUUUUAUUUUAAUAUAUAAAUGUUCUUGACAAGUAUAUGAGUGAUCAGAUGGUUCGAAAUGUGUUACGCUAAAAUAUCACUUAGUUCUUAUUACUUUCGCCUUCAUAUUACACUAUCCAGAUUUGUAAAAGGGACUAAUUACAUUCGUUGUACUAAAGCAAAUCACUAAAUUAAUAAUUUGAACAUCUGUUAAACGAUGAAUAACUGAAUCAGUGUUUAAUUGCAUUUUUUAAAAUAUAUUCGAUGGUAAGAUAAUGAAAAGCAGUAUCUUUAUCGAUGAACAAGAAGGAGUAAUUUGGACCUAUCGAUUUUCACAUGACGAUACGUGCAUGAUAUAGUGGGGCUAUCAAAUUCCAGACAAGUGAUAGCUGCAAUCGUUUUGCUAAAAUAUGGAUUUUCUUUCCAGGGAAUGAGGUACACGCCAUUGGUGUAAAAAUGUGGCUUUAAUUUCAUUGAGACAAAUAUACAUGUAUAUGAAUGAGUGUUCAAUUAUCCUUCGAUUUAGUUGAUCGAUAGACAGCUUCCUUCACACUUACAGUCUUCCCAGUCAAGUAGCUGGUUAGGCUCGUGAAAAGAAAGCUCUUGUAUCAGUAUCAAAGCCCAACACUGUACACUACGACAGUGUAUAUUGGGAACUGUGGGUUUUCAACAGACAUCAUUCUUGAAAGAGAUAUUACAACUGCAGAAACUGGUACUUGAAUGGAAAAACACUGAGAUUCGCUCAGUGAAAAGAAGAGAACAGAUUAAGAUUUUAUCCACACUCCAUAAACAUGAUAACAAAUACUUUUUUCAAAUACACUCAAUUAUAUAGUGACUUGACUUGUAUUGGAUGUUUAGUUAGUAAUAUUACGACUACCACUGAACUCAUGGUCCUGGGUUUGAAUCCUGAAUACGUGGUUAUGGAUGGGCAAUACUAGGAAGUCAAAAACAGCCGUCCAAUGCUUCCGGGUUUUCAAUUGAGAUUUAGUUAAAAUCGGUUCGCAACUUUAACAGUUAAAGUAUUACUGACAGAAGAAACACAGAAAAUCACUACUACACAGAAUUACCAAGAAGUAUAUGUAUUAUACUGAACGAAGUUCACAUUAAGUUAAUACAAAGAGUAUCAUUCUAAAUAAAUGUCACACUAAAAUAUAAUGAAUAUUAUACGGAACAAUUUUCACACUGAAUUACAAAUGGAAGCAUUAUUGAAUACGGAUGAUGCUGGCCAAUGUAUCAACCUUAUUAUGAUUUUCAUAAUGAUACUAUACAUAUUGCUAUGCUAUUAGCUGAUGGUAUUGACAAUUGUUAUCAAGCUGAAACACAAAUUAAAUCAAUUUUAUUCCAUCAAAAAAGAUGGUAUCCAUCUAAAGAUGAUUGUUGCCAUUUUAAACAUUUCACACAUAUUAAUUCAAAUUGGUUAACAGCAAAUGAUCGUGUUCAAUCAUUUAAUGAAGCUAAACGUGAACGAUUUCCGAUUGUAUUUCAUUUUAUUGUUGAUCAAUUACCAUAUGAAUUUAUGAAUAGAUUAAUGUCUGAUUGGGGAUUAGAUGGGAUCAGUGUACAAUUUUAUCCGAUUAAAAACUAUGAAGCACGGGUCAGAUCAUUUAAAUCUGGACAUCACGCUGGACAUAAAAGUUAUCUCAAAUUAUUAAUUACACAAAUUUUACCUACUGAAAUCAAGAAAGUUAUUGUACUGGAUGCAGAUAUAUUAUUGAAUGAUGAUAUAUCAAAUCUAUGGAGCAUAUUUGAUGAGUUCAGCAAGGAUCAAUGUAUCGGUAUUGCCGCGGAACAGAAUCCAACUUUCUACAGCAAUAUGGGAAAAAGGUUUUGGCCAGCAUUGGGUUACGGUUAUAAUGCUGGUAUUUUAUUAAUUCAUUUAACUAAAUUACGAGCAAGAGGUUGGGAUGAAAUUUGGAUGAAAACUGCAUUCAAUUUAAUGAGAGAAAAACGCAUUUUACCAACUGGUGAACAAGAUGUUAUCAACGCUGUAUUGAAUCGAAAUAAACAUUGGUUAUACGAAAUACCUUGUAAAUGGAAUAUUCAACUAAGUGCAUUUUCAAUGCGUGAACGUUGUCCAGUUGUAUGGGAAUUUUUACUGAAUAGGGAUGAUGAUAAUAAUAAUAAUAAUUACAGACGAAAAAAAACACUACGUGACGAUAUUGUAUUACAAUAUCCAAAUGCUAAAUUAAUACAUUUUAAUGCACAUGUAAAACCAGAGUACUUUUUUCCUACUCCAUUAAGAUUUCCAUUACCUUUUGAUAAAUCCGAUGAAUAUCAUUCAACUAUUCAAUUAUCAAGAAAAUAUUUUCAAUUGUAUUAUAAUUUACGAAGUAUGAGUCGAUAUUGUUUCCUGUAAAAAAAGAAUGAUCGAAAAACACCCGCUUAUUAUUAUUGAAAACUGUAUAUUUUCCAGAAUUUUUUCUUUCAGUAUUGUAGUUUCAUAUUGGUUUUUCAAGUUUUCUACUUUGAUUAAGUAAAAUAAAUUAAAACAUUAAAGUGAAC